CUUAAUAUGAAUUUGACUAAAUGCCUCAUUUCUUGAUUAUAUCAUAAUUGUUCCUACAUUGCGGAUAUUAUUGAAAGAAUGGAAACGCAGCUUACAGAAGAACAAAUUUCAGAGUUCAAGGAGGCGUUCAGUCUUUUUGACAAAGAUGGGGAUGGCACGAUUACGUCGAUAGAGCUGGGAACCGUAAUGAGGUCGCUGGGAGCCAACCCCACCGAAGCCGAGCUACAGGAAAUGAUCAACGAAGUGGACGCUGACGGGAGCGGCACAAUCGAGUUCCCCGAGUUCCUCACGAUGAUGAUGCGGAACACGCGCCAAAACGACACUCAGGAGGACCUACGCGCCGCCUUCACCGUUUUCGACAAGGACGCUUCCGGAAAGAUAUCAGGGGCGGAACUGCGUCAUGUGAUGACGAAUCUAGGUGAGAAGCUGACAGACGAGGAGGUGGACGAGAUGAUCCGCGAGGCGGACAUUGACGGGGACGGAGAGAUAAACUAUGAGGAGUUCGUUAAAAUGAUGCUCGCGAAUACAAAGUGACAAUGGAAACGUUGAUAGAAGACGAUAGAAGAUAGACGAUGUUUUCUAUUGAAAACUUUUUUUUUUUUUUUUUUUUACUUUUGCAAAAAAGUACAAUAAAUGGAUGAAAUUCCUGCCUUCAUGCAUAAAUAUUACACACAAUGUAUAUAGCGAGUUGCGACUCACCGUUAAAAAGUGUUAAAAACAAUAAGAAAAAUUAGUUCAUGGUUUUUGUUUUGUUUUGUAAGAUUAAAUCGCACACGCA